AGAAAAUCUCAGGACCCGGUCCGACACCGACACAGACAAGCUAGACAUGGCCUAAACAAGUGGAAAAAAAUGGCGUCACACGCUCUGGUCGACUGUGUCGUGCGCGAGAGCGAGACGAGACGCAAAGGAGAGAAGUUUCUUGAAAGUGGAAAGAACAAUCCUUGACCCUCGUUCUCCUGGUGGAUCACCACCACUCACCCAGUUACCAGAAACUUGACGGAUCCAUCUCUCUGUCUCCCUCGCUCUCGUUCAUCUAUGUCUUUUCGUUGAAAUUGGAGCAACCCCUUUUCCUUAAUCCUUCCCUACGCUCCUCCCUCUCGGAUUCCGUGAAGACCCAAAUGCGUCUUUGACCGGUUCUUGGCCCAAAGCACUUCAGCCGUGCUUCAUCUUACUUGGACUUGGGAGACACAGAAAUGGGGAUAUAUCUGAGCACUCCAAAAACUGAAAAGUUCUCAGAAGAUGGCGAGAAUGAUCGAGUUAGAUAUGGCCUAUCAUCUAUGCAAGGUUGGCGUGCGACGAUGGAGGACGCUCAUGCUGCCUAUCCUGACCUGGAUGCUUCCACCUCAUUCUUUGGUGUUUAUGAUGGCCAUGGAGGGAAAGUGGUCGCAAAGUUCUGUGCCAACUAUCUUCACCAGCAGGUCCUCAAGAAUGAGGCAUAUGCAGCCGGAGAAAUAGGAAUAUCCCUUCAGAAAGCUUUUCUCCGAAUGGAUGAAAUGAUGCGAGGUCAAAGGGGUUGGAGGGAAUUAGCUGCUUUUGGAGAUAAAAUCAACAGAUUUACAGGAAUGAUAGAGGGACUUAUAUGGUCUCCAAGGGGUGCAGAUAGCAAUGGCAAGAAUGAUGAUUGGGCUUUUGAGGAGGGCCCUCAUUCUGAUUUUGCUGGCCCUUCUGCCGGGUGCACAGCCUGUGUUGCCGUUAUCCGAAAUAACAAACUAGUUGUUGCCAAUGCUGGUGAUUCUCGAUGUGUCCUGUCUAGAAAGGGUCAGGCAUACAAUCUGUCUAGAGACCACAAACCUGAAUUGGAGGCUGAAAAGGAGAGGAUUCUAAAAGCUGGAGGUUUUAUCCAUGCUGGACGAGUGAAUGGAAGCUUAAAUCUUGCAAGAGCUAUAGGUGACGUGGAAUUUAAGCAAAAUAAAUUUCUGCCUGCUGAAAAGCAAAUUGUAACUGCAAAUCCAGAUCUAAAUACUGUUGACCUUUGUGAGGAUGAUGAUUUUAUCGUGCUAGCAUGUGAUGGCAUCUGGGAUUGCAUGUCCAGCCAGCAGCUAGUGGAUGUCGUGCAUGAGCAGUUAAUUUCUGAAACGAAGCUCUCUACUGUGUGCGGGAGAGUUCUUGAUCGUUGUUUAUCACCAUCUACUGCCAAUGGCGAGGGAUGUGACAACAUGACGAUGAUAUUAGUGCAAUUCAAGAAACCGACCCCAACAAUUACAGAAUCGAUUGAAGAGCUAUCUUUGCCUUCUGAAUCUGCCGACAGUGCCCUGAAUCCGGGGGAUAACGAACUAAAACCAGAUGAAGUCGAAUCGAAAUAGUACUUACGUGUAAGAUUUUCGAUGCCACUGAUCAUAAGGACCUGAUUUCCUGGAAAUGUUCAGUUUAAUCUGCAAUUGUAUAUAACAUGCCAUUGUAUAUGAUCAAUCGAUUGAUGAAUCCAUGGCUACUUGUUUA